AUGGUGGAGAUCGUUAAAAACGCACAACAGGACAAUGGUGAAACCAUUGAUGAUGAGCGUGAUGUUGAUGUUGAAUCACGCCUGCUCGACAAUGGUAAUGUGAAGUCAAGUGAAAAGUCAAAUGGUGUGCAGAAUGAUGAAAAAACGGACAAUGAACAAACCAUGUCCGAGGAGAUUAAUAAAAUAUUAAGAGAUAUGCCUCUGACAGAUGAUGUAACAUGUGGAUUUUGGUUAUUCAAAGGACGUUUCUUCCAAAGAUUUGCUAACCAAAAUGCCUACGUACUGCUCUACGGCAUUGUGGGUUGUGUAUUCUCAAUGACCUACGCCUAUUUCAAUGGCACGAUCACGACUAUAGAAAAACGUUUUAAAAUACCUUCGAAAAACACAGGCAUCAUAUCGGUGGGGAAUGAUAUAAGUCAAAUGAUGGUCUCAGCAGUGCUCAGUUAUUAUGCGGGGAAAGGACAUCGACCGCGUUGGAUUGGUUUUGGUCUUUUAACAAUUGUCAUCUUCUGUUUAAUGACUACCUUGCCGCAUUUACUUUAUGGGCCAGGCGAAGAUGCUUUGGCGUUAACUGCCGAGUUUGGUGCACAGCCAGAUGAAAAUGCCACAAAAGAAGCGAUUGAGAAACAGAAUUCGAAAACUUUGUGCCGCCUAAAUGGUGGCGGUGCGGAAUGUGAGAUGGGUGAGGGUAAUUUAGCGCCACAGCUUGUGCUAUUCGCUGCACAAUUCAUCUCGGGAAUUGGCGGAUCGCUAUACUAUACGCUGGGUGUGUCAUAUAUGGAUGAUAAUACGAAGAAAUCGCGUACGCCAGUGCUGCUGAGCUUAUCCUAUUUUCUGCGCAUGUUGGGUCCAGCGUUUGGUUAUGCGCUUGCCUCCUUCUGCCUACGCAUCUACAUUGCACCAAAUUUACGUCCUGUUAUCAAUAAUAAGGACCCACGUUGGUUGGGUGCCUGGUGGAUGGGUUGGCUAGUGAUUGGUGGUAUGAUUUUUGUAUCAGGCAUUUUUCUUACAAUGUUUCCUAAACAAUUACCACGAGCUAUGGCAAGACGUAUGGUUGAGGAAGAGCGCCGCAAACGCAUUUCGUUGAGAGAGCGACAGCAGAACGGCAGUAAAGAGCAAACGGAGAAGGAUCGUUUGGCUGCGGAGAUGGAAGAGAAGCCGAUUGAGGAGACCAAAGCAUCUUUCUGGGAUAUGUUGAAGACUUUUAAGCGGCUGCUGAAAAAUAAAACGUUGAUGUGUAAUAAUUUCAGUUCGGUUUUUUAUCUUUUCGGUUACACACCCUACUGGAUAUUUACGCCUAAAUACAUUGAGAUACAAUAUCGGCAAUCAGCAGCGACAUCUAGCUUGGUCACUGGUACAGUCGCUUUGGCCUUCUCCGCUGCUGGUAUAUUACUCUCAGGCUUUGUGAUAUCGCGAUAUAAGCCACGAGCGCGCUAUAUGGCAGCUUGGAAUGUAAUUGUAGGAUUUCUCACAGUAGUUGGCAUACUGGCUUAUGCAUUUAUCGGUUGUCCGGGUAAUGAAAAAUCGGUUAUUGUCAAUAUACAUGACAGUGCCUUGAAUAGUACACCCACCUGCAAUUCGGAUUGCCAUUGUGAUUAUGUGCGCUACUCGCCGGUGUGCGGUGAAAAUAAUAUGACAUAUAUUUCGCCCUGUCAUGCGGGCUGUAAGAAGCAAUAUAGAACAGCCACUGGCAGAAAGAUUUAUUACGAUUGCACUUGCAUACCUAGCAACAACUCUAAUCGGAGCUUAAGUACCAUCGAUGAACGUCUUACUGCGUUAAAUCUGAAAUCAGAGGUUCACAUUACUAAUAACGAAAAUAUCUCUACCACCAUAAUGCCUAAUGAGCUCACCACAACUACAGUACUUCCUGAUGAUCUGCUAACAACAACUACAGAUUUUCCUGACGACUGGGCGACCACAAUAGAUUCGACAGCAUUACCAGCGACUUCGGACAUGUCUUAUCCUGAGCUCACAUAUGGCGGUCAGGCGAGAACUGGCGCUUGUCCCGUCAACUGCUAUGCGCAAUUCGUCACAUUCCUCUCCGUGAUGUGUUGUUUGAAAUUUGUUGGCGCCACAGGACGUGCUUCAAAUUUCCUGGUGUCCGUGCGUUGUGUGCCCGAGAAGGAUAAGACCGCCGCCAUGGGUUUCGGCAUGAUGAUGAUGUCCAUGUUGGCAUUCAUACCCAGUCCCAUUUUCUUCGGUUGGGUACUCGAUCGCAUAUGUCUUGUGUGGGGUAAAACGUGUACGAAUAAGGGCAAUUGUUGGCUGUACGAUCCGGAGUCGUUGAGAUACACACUCAAUAUAACUGCUUCGGUGUUUGUCGCGAUUGGCGCUCUAUUCGAUUGGGGUGUUUGGUAUUAUGUGAAAGAUCUGCAAAUAUUCGAUGAGGAAGUCAAAGAGGUGGAGAUGAAAAUUGUGCAACACGAAGAAGAAGUGAAUUCAGUUAAGGAUAUGGAAGUGUAAUUCUCAUAUACAUAUGUAUAUACGUUUAGUUUGUUAAGUAAUAUUACGCAGCUCUUUGUUCGAUAGUUUGUGUGUGUGGGUAUUAGUGUGUGUGUUUGUGUGUGUUUUGACAGUGCAUGUCUGGCUGUGAGUGUGUUGACAUGUAAUUUUCUAAUAAAACUAGGUUAUACAAAUUAAUAAAAUGCAUGUAAAUACUUUGUUACGCUGUGUUUCCCUAUAUAUGU